AUGGAAAACUCAAAUCCUUUCGCCAACGGGAACCACCAAGAACCAUUAACUCCUGGUUCGUCUUCGGAUCAUUCUCUUGAAAACACGAUUACGCUCAAUCUUCAAAACCUUCGUGUGAGAACUGACAAGAAUGACAACAAUGAUCAAGCUGAAUCUUCAACGAGGUCAAAUACGAAGGGUCGCAUAACUCAUGCCCAUGACAAUAAUCAGUCUCAGGUGAGAACAAUAAUUCAUCAGAACAUUAUUGAGCAUUGUGUUUUAGACGAGGAAAUUUCUUCUCUUGACAAAAGAGGAAGCAUUGUGUCACAGACGGGACCAAGUUAUCAACCAUCAGUACAGGACUUCGGAACUAAAUUCUACCGGGCUUGGAGAGAAACAGAUCCUAUCGAUUGUGCUGCUGAGCUAAAUCAAAGGAUCGCCAAACUGGCUUUGGAUCCAGAGGGAUCUGAGUAUUUACAGACGACAUUGAUGCAAACCGAUAAGCAGGAGACGGAUGAGAUAUUUGGAGGCAUUUUGGUUUACAUUUAUGACGUGAUGAGUAAUGAGCAUGGAAGUCGUGUCUUUGCAAGGCUAAUUGAACGUUGUGAUGAAUCUCAGCUGCAAUUGAUCGUAUCAAUAAUAACUCUUCAGACUCAACCUUUCCUAAAUUUGUUGUUCUCUAUACAUGGUGCAAACUCGGCUAAGAGACUGAUCAAAGUGCUUGGGAAAUCAGCCUCAGUUUCAGUUUCCAACAUCAUCUCAAUUUUAGCAAGGCAUUUCGCUUUCAUGAUGAACAAUCGAAUAGCAUGCUUUGUUAUACUCAAGUGUUUUGACAGUCUUAAUGCUCAUCAGAAUCAGAUACUAUAUGAAGAGCUUGUAAGGAACUCCCUCACACUAGCAACACAUGAUAAGGGAUGUAUAGCAUUAAACAAAAGCAUAGAGUGCAUCAAAGGCCUGCACAGAGAUCGACUCCUCGACGUAAUCUCUACUCAUGCACUUUUCCUCUCUCAGGAUCCUUCAGGGAACUAUGUUGUGCAACGUGUUCUGGGACUGCAACAUCCCUUUUUCACAAACAAAAUAUGCUGGGCCUUAGUAGGCAACUUCGUUAAUCUCUCUAUGCAGAAAUCUGCAAGCCACGUAGUCGAGAAAUGCUUAAAAACGCCGUUUGGAAUGGAUCGCGUGCUGUCUGAUUUGAAUGCCUAUGACAAGUUGUGGGAGGUUGCUAGUAACCGGUUCGGAAAUUAUGUCAUCCAGAGAGCUCUUGAACUUGCCCAGAGCGCAAAGAGCCCAUACUAUGAAAUGCUGGUGACGAAGCUCCGUCGGGAUAUGAAAAAAUUGGAGAAAGGUUAUGGGAGGAAAGUCUACAAUUUGAUCCUCAACAGUGAUGUGAAUCUAAAUGCUAAUCUCUGA